CGAGUUCACGGCGGCCUGCGCACGUCAAUAGAAGCAUUACUUCAGCUUAAACAUUCAAGGCACCAGGGUGUUGGACAGUGUGGAUUAGUUCACGGAGAACAGUUGAAAAAGUGAAACACGGUUUUCUUAACACAGUGCUAGUAUACUAUCGAUUUACUUUACGCUUCAUCAUACGCUGCAGUAUAAUAAUGUCUGAGACAAAUUUUAAAAGCUUGGAAGAUGUACUGAACAAAUACAUUCCUUCGGAAGAACUCCGCGAAGUGAAAAGAGUUCUCUACGGUAGAUCAGACGACAACGAGCUGACAUUUUCGGACGAGACAAUUUCAUUAGCAAAGGAUGUAGAUGUCGAGCUGAAGGGAUACGUGUUUGAUGCACGUAAAGAAAAUUUGAGAAGACCAAGGAUCGUCAGAGUCGCAGCCAUACAAAAUACCGUCGAUAUCCCAACGACGGCACCGAUCCACGUGCAACGCGAUGCGUUACAUGAGAAAAUAUCGAACAUUUUAAGAGUAGCUGUUUCAGCUGGCGUUAAUAUCGUUUGCCUCCAGGAAGCAUGGACUAUGCCUUUUGCCUUCUGUACACGCGAAAAGUUUCCUUGGUGCGAGUUCGCCGAGGAUGUUGAGAAUGGACCUACCACGAAAAUGCUGAAGGAGUUAGCCAAGCAAUAUAACAUGGUCAUCAUUUCUCCUAUCCUCGAGCGUGACUCAAAUCAUCAUGAUACAAUAUGGAAUACGGCCGUAGUGAUUUCAAACAACGGUGCUUACAUUGGCAAGCAUCGUAAAAACCAUAUUCCUCGUGUAGGAGAUUUUAAUGAAUCGACGUACUAUUUCGAGGGUAAUACGGGCCAUCCUGUCUUCGAAACGCAGUUUGGGCGCAUAGGAAUUAACAUAUGCUAUGGGCGCCACCACCCACAAAAUUGGAUGAUGUUUGGAAUCAACGGAGCCGAGAUAGUUUUUAAUCCAUCUGCGACGGUUGGUGCCCUUAGUGAACCACUAUGGGGUAUCGAGGCAAGAAAUGCAGCUAUUGCGAAUGGAUACUUUACUUUUGCAAUCAAUCGCGUCGGGACGGAAGUUUUUCCGAAUGAGUUUACUUCCGGCAAUGGGUUACCGGCACACAAGGACUUUGGACCGUUCUACGGAUCAUCUUAUGUGGCAGCUCCAGACGGUUCACGCACACCAGGUCUUUCGCGAGAUAAAGACGGCUUACUUGUGGUAGAGAUGGAUUUGAACCUUUGUCGGCAGGUAAAGGAUUUCUGGGGCUUUCAGAUGACUCAACGUCUACCUUUGUAUGCCGAAUCUCUGGCCAAAGCUAUUCAACCGGAUUACAAGCCUCCGACAAUAAGAGAAUAGCCAAGUUCUUUGGCAGGGAAAGAAAAAUUCUCUAUAUGUUUGAUUUUCACCACUGUCUAACAAUAAAGUGUUAAAUUCAUUAUGAA